AUGCCCUUAGAAAUUACAGACACAGCUGAAACAGUAUUUGCAAAAUGUGCAAUGGAUGUAGUGGGUCCACUAGAUGUAUCUAGUACAGGAAAAAAGUACAUGCUAACAUUCCUGGACGAUCUGAGAUUAAUAGAAUGUAGAGUACUAGAUCAGCAAGUCACACAUCAUGUGGAAAAGAUUACAGGUCUGCAGCAACUCGUACAGCAACUCACAAAACAUGAAACCAAAAGAAAGAGAGGAGUAUUCAACUUCGUCGGACAGGUAAGUAAGAUACUGUUCGGAGCAUUGGACGAAGCAGACGCAGCGUACUAUAAAGAAAGAAUAGAUGCUAUGGAGAGGAACUCUGAAGGAUUGCUGAGGUUAACUAAGGAACAGGUGGCAGUGGUAAGGGCCACAUUAGCUGGAGUAAACAGAACAGUAUAUACACUAGAAUCAAAUGAACACAUUCUAAGGACAGGCAUGCAGAGACUAGAAAGGUUCAUGAAGGAAUACGUGAAGGAAACAGAUACGGGUUUCAAACGAGUAGCAUCUUUUGCCACUGUAACGGAACAAGUAUUACAAUUAGCGGCAGUGUUUGGCCAAAUCGAAGAAGAGUACGAGCAAAUGAUAAAUGCCAUUGUAAAUGCUCAAAAGGGAAUACUGCAGCCUCACAUCAUUAAUCCAGUGCAAAUUGUGAAGUAUUUAAGUUUAAUACGAGACGAAUUAAAGGACGUGAAGUUUCCUGUUCCUCUCACGGAGUCAUCAGGCUACCUCUUGUUAAGAAUAAUUGAUUUAGAUGUUUUCAUUUCCGGUAGCAUACUAGGGUACGUAAUUAAUACUCCUUUAAUAGAUAAUAAUAAUUUCAAUUUGUACAGAGUUCUCCCAUUACCAAAGGAGAUCCCAAAUAUGAAAGGAAGGUACAUAUACAUACAGCCAGAGAAAGAAUUUCUACUGAUAGAUGAAUCCAAAAGGCAGUACGCGAAGCUUUCUGCGGAUGAUCUAAAAUGUAAAGAACUGAGUAAGAACAGAAGACUGUGCAGACAGUCAUUCCCAUUGCUAUCGACAUUCAACCGUGAGGAAUGCGAAGCCAAAUUGUUACAACCGGAAGAAGGACUGACAGUAUUAUGUGGAAAGGAACCCCUGAAAGACUUAUUAAUGAAAGGGGUAGGAAAGAUAAGUUUUUAUAGUAAAUGUAAAGGGUAUGGAACGAGAGUGUUCAUACAAACAGAUAGAGUAAUUCAUAGUAACAUAACAAAGAAAAAUAUAAUAUCUCAAAUUAAUUUAGAAUUUGACUGUUGUGUUUUAAACGAAGAAAAGAAAAAUGUCUCAAUGCUAACGUUAGAUUUACCACUGGAGCAGGUAGUAACACAAUUAGACGACUUGAAAGUCGCUGGGAGAAGAUUGGAUGAUGUCCAGCGAAUGGCAGAAAGGCAGGAGGAAGAACUAAAAUAUUCCAGAUACUUUACACAUUACUCAAUAACUACAUACAUAGCUAUAGCAAUAGUCAUUGUUAUUGUAAUAACAUGUUGUUUCUCGGACGCAGAGCCACUAGCGCUCUCCGACUGUUAUCUGAGCUCAGCACUCUGCCGGCUCAGCGCUGAUAGAGCUGCGCUGCGCCGCCUCCACUGCUUCACGCCCAGCCUCUGUAUUCACGAGCAACAGACUCGCUCUCGCUAA